AUGAAUUAUCAAGAAUUAGAAUAACAUCAAAGUAGAAAACAAAUUACUCUGAAUGAUGCUAUGUUUACAAUAUUUAAAAGAGCAAUGAUAAAGAGUCCAUGUUUUAUCCCAUUUAUAAUUAUAAUGACUCUCUUAUUUGCUAUUGGAAUAUUGCAUGAGACUGGCAUUAAACCAAUUCAUGAAAUUUUUCCUCUUGGAGGUACAACAGGUGAAUUCUUGAAAUCUGAAUAGAUGUGA